AUGAAUGAAGAAGAUAAAACGUCAAAAGAGGAUAUUGAUUUAAAAAAUGCCAUUGGUGAUGUAUUUGGACAAUUCGAUUUCGGUUCGAUAGACACAGGGCAAGACCAUAAUCACCAACUACAACAAGACCAACCUGAAGAACAAAGUAAAAACCAACCACAACAGCGAGAUUCAGAAAUCCCACAUGGACAUUUACUAGCGCCUGCUCAAAACGAAGAGAUUGUAGCAGAACCAAAGCAGACAUCAAAGGAGAAAGAUAAAAUACAAGUUCAAAAUACUCAAACAGAAGCCACAGAAACUUCCAAAACCUAUGAGGAUGAAUUAAAUUUGGAAGAUGCAAUUGGAGAUGCCCUAGAUAAUGUGUUUGGAACUAGUAGCAACAACAACAACGACAUCAACAAGAGAUAUACAGAUCCCACCAAUGACCAUGAAUCUUUGAAUUCCAAUAACCAAAAUGAAAUAAAUCAUGCAAUUGAAAACGCAUUGGGUGACAUUUUUGCGGGCUCUAAAUCAGACACUACUACAGAUGAUGCAGUGGAAUCACAUGAAAAAGACAAACCCAUUCCAGAAUUAUCUUCCCCAAGCCGGAAGUUUCAAGAAUCUUCAGAUCCUACUGACCAACCAAGUAGCCAACAGAAAGUAGAGAAACCGAAAAAAAGCCUACUAGAAACGAAAUCAGAUGAAGAUGAAGAUUUAGAUGACAUAAUAGGAAAAACAAUUCUGGACCUCGUUAAGGCACCAAAAGACAAUAGAAAUGAAACCGAUACCCAAAAUGUAUCUGAAAUACCAGUGGAUGCCGAAAUAAAGCGACAGCACAAAGAUCAAACUGAUAAAUGUGAAGAUACCACAAUACAGCAAAAUGAAGUAAAUACAGAAAAGAUACCAACUCCUGAUAAGUCUCACGAUAACCACCUACAUAAACGGCAAAUUAAUUCUCCAGAAUGUUCAACUGAAGAUAAUGUUAUCACCGAUAAACCAAUAGCCGAUAUAAAAGGAAAGGAAAGUACUGACAGAAUAGAUAAUAACAAGGGUCUUACAGAAACAACUACUUCUAUUGGCAACUCAAAAACAAACCUGAAAAUGAAUGAAGAAGUGGACAAUUUAGAUGAUGUGAUAGGUAAAGCUUUUGAGGAUGCAAUUUCGAAGAGUCAACUGACACCUAUUAAUCCAUGCAACAUCACAGACCAGGACGAGCCAAGCCCCCAUCCAACACCUAGCGAAAAAACCGAUUUGCCUUUAUCUCAAGUUGAACAAAAACUUGCUCCUUCUGAGACAGGCAACGAUCCCACAAACGAUUCUACAGAAUUGGAUCAGGCUAUAGGUGAUGUGUUCAAGGAAAUUAUCAAAGAGGAUUCUAAUGGUAAGACUGAAAAAUUACCAGCACCAGCACCAGCAGCUGACGAUGAUAUGGAUUUAGAUGCAGUUAUAGGUGAUGCAUUUAAAAGUGUACUUCCGAAUGAACUUCCAUCCAAAGACAAAUCACUUCCAUUGCCACCUGAUGAAGACGAGAAGGAUCUAGAGAGUGCCAUUGGAGAAGCAUUUGAGUCUAUUUCUGAUUUCAAAGAAACGAAAAGAAAACAGGAUGAACAAGUUAAUGAUGACGAACUUAAUGCAAUGAUAGCACAAUCUUUUGAGAAAGCCGUGGCUAUAACAAAACCAGAUUCACAGACGGAUAAUGAAGAUAUGGAAAAUGCAAUCACUCAGGCAUUCAAAACGGCAAUGGCUAGCACAAGUUCUUCGUCUGAAAUAUCCGCCAGAGAGGCUGCCAUUAGGAGCUUGGCAGUAGAAAUAUCACAUCAAGUGCAGGAUCACUUGAAAAAUGAUAAGUUUAUGCCGCCUUUGCCCUUUAUACCUGGACUACCUCAAUUGGAUGAUAGUGUUUUAGCUCAUUUUCAAAGAGUAGCAAACACUGAUGAUACAAAGGAACAAACCCACCUAAGAUCAGAUAGCUCACAAACAACUGUCUCCGAGUCGGCAAAUUUUAAAGAUAACGGAGGUGUCGCCGAAUUGGAGAACUUACAGAUGAACGAUAUUUUGCAAAAUGCUUUCAAAAUGGCUUUGGAAAACCCUCAAGAAUUAAUAUCUGAUUUAGACAUUGAUCUGACUAUUCAAGUACCUACUGCUGCAUUCCCAAGACAGAUACCGCCACCACCACCACAGCAACACAAACCUGCAGGUAGACAACACUUUGUUCCAACAAGUUCUGAUCAAGGAUUACAAAGUUAUAGAAAAUACCCACACCAACUGAUACUAGAAGUACAAAGACCUAGCACAAAUACACCGAUAAGGAAACCUGCUAAUAAAUCAAAAUCUUUGGAAAAUGAAUCACAGAAAAAACCGUCCUUAUUAUCUAAUCCUGCCGUGACUUUACAAUUGACGUCGAUUAUCAGUACAUUGACUUCCCGUAUUAAUAGUGGUGAGUUAUCCGAUGCCAAUAUAUUACAAGUUAUUCGUCAAAUGACAGAUGUGUUAGCCUCAGGUGGCUCUUUAGCACUGUUUUUAAAGAAGCCCACUUCAGUCCAAGACGUGAUAGUUACAUAUAAUGAUAGUACGAAACAAAAAAUGUUGAAAAGCUUAUAUUUGACUAAAACCUUUUUUGAGAAAAAAAUGUCCAUCGAUGAAGAUGAAGUGAAGCAAAAAGCCAUUAGAUUGAUAGACAAUAUUGCUGUUGCCUUUGAUCCGGUUGGCUUUAGAAAGUUUAUUGCAGUUGAAAUUAAAGAUGAUGAAUUUGCUGACAUAUCCUUGCUUUUAAAAAAUGUGCUAAUGACAACAUUGAAACAAGAACCCAUUACCAGAUUUAGUUCCAAUACACUAAAAUACAUUGAAUUACUUGUUGAUAAAAUAUCACAAAAUGUAUCAUUUGAGAGUACCAACGAAGAAACAGUUAAACGAGUAUCCCAGGAUGAGGAACUAGUUAAACCGAUAACAGACUUAUUUGGUCUCCUUUCUGGAUCAAGCUUGCUUGAUAAUUUAUUGCCACUGGCUGUCGCAACAGCUGUCUCCGUAGCAGGAACUGGAUACAUUUACAAAGAAACUAGUGGUAUUGACUUGGAUAUUGUGAUCAGAGCUGUUUGUUUGAUUUUAAAUAAUCUUUUGAAGACUGCUCCAGGAAUAACUUUCAGAGGGAAUAACACUACAACUAUUGGAAAUCAAGCAACCAAAAGACUUUCUGAUUUAAUUUUAGUGGGUGAUUUAAGACGUACAAAAAUUAAUCCAGAUAUUGGCAAAACUACCAAUACUGAUAGUGAAAAGUCGGAGUCUUGGAACAUUGAUAGAUCAUCAUCAAUAAAAAUUCCUCAAUAUAGAAGACCUAGUGCUCUACAUGAAAAGUCUAAUGUGUUACAUAAACCAGCGCUAACACUCCCAAGGAGUUCACCAUUUAUUUCAAACAAGAUUGAAUCUUCACACUCAAAUUCUCAACCACUACAAACUUCUAAUCAUAAUAACAAACUCAAAAGACCUGGAAGUUUCCAACGUCCUAAUAAUGCCAAACCAAGGGCAACUAGUUUAGGAUUUCCAAAACUUCAUUCAACUUCGUUCAAAUAUCAAUAG